AUGCGACACCUCGCAUCCUGGCUUGGCCUUUUGGCCGUGCUGGCCUUGGUGGCCCAGCCGAUGCAAGCUCAAACUGCUUCUUGCGAGAUGACCGCUUCGAUGGUCUUCAACUGCAGCGACACAGUGUUUGACCUCUCUGCCUUUACCAACCCUCGGCAAGCCAAGACUUGGACCAUCACGACGAGUCUGGCCAUUUACUACAUCAAGACCUGGAAUAAUGGUAUUGAACGUGGCGACACGCUCUGCGAUGACCUGCCGCAAAAGACUUCUGUCGCUCGUGCCGUCUCGACCUCGUGUACAGCCAUGUCGCAAAUCAGCAAUGGCCCGGCCAGCUUCGACCCCAGCACUGAUCAGCUUGUGUUCAAUCAAACGGCAAUCACCAACAUCCAAGCCAGUUUCAUCUUUGUGUGCGAGCCCGAUGCCUCCCCUCUGACCACGAAAGACUUUACCGUCCUCUCAGAGAGCAUCAGCAAUGUCGUAUUUCAGGUUGGCAUCCCUGGCGUGUGCUUGCCCACCACCACAGCUUCCCCGUCGACGACCACCACCACAACUUCUGGCGCUGGCAACAACACCACUACGGCCAUCCCCUCCACCACCACCACCACCACCACCGAUACACCCAACAGUGGCAACACAACUACUGCUCCCUCGACAUCGACCACCACGACUUCCGGCGCUGGUAACAAUACCACUACGCCAGCGACCCCACCAACCACCGCCACCCCCACAACCAACGAUGGCAACACAACCACCACUGCCCCAGAGACCACCACGCCCACUGCCGGCAACGCCACCACAACGGCACCUGGACCCACCAACACCACCACCACUGCUGGUCCAUCUACCAGCAGUUUACAGGAAAAACCCCUCGUCUAUCCCAUCUUUGAGCCGUGCAUCGCCAUGGACUUUGACUUUAUCAACGUCACAACGGACACUGCUUCGAAGCAAUGGAAAAGAGUUGAUAUGAUCAGCCUUGCAGAACAGAGCUAUUGUGGUAAUCUCUCCACAUCAGAUGCUCCGCAAGCACAGUUGGCCUUUGCGGCGGGCAUCCAUGAUGUCUUUGCUUUUGAGUUUCAAGGCCACGUCGUCGAUGGCGUCGUUACCACUUGGGAACUGAUCGCCAUCGAGGCUAACGUCACGUUGGACGUGCUACCCGUUGUCAAACGACUUGAGCGAUCCCAAAGCCCCAAUGGAGAUCAAUGGCCAGCAGCUGAGCAUGGCUAUGGCUACGCGUGUCCAGCAGAACUCGAUUUUGCCACCGAUUUUGAUUUUUUUUCCUUGCAUGUCAACAUUUUCCAGGCCCAGCCUUUCAAUUUGAAGGGUGAUGCCAUAGCGCCCGCGCCGGACCAAGGACUGGACACUUGUCUGGGCACGACACCGUCACCCGAACCAUCCUCCACCACGACUCCUUCUGGUGGCAACAGCACCACGACACCAAGCGCCGUGCCAACAACUCCUUCUGGUGGCAACAGCACCACGACACCAAGCGCCGUGCCAACGACUCCUUCUGGUGGCAACAGCACCACGACAGUAGACACGACCACAUCGACCAUUCCUGGCGGUAAUGGUACUACGACCAUUCCUCAUGGCAACACUACGACAACCACUCUUCCCACCACUUCCUCUACCACUGCCCCCUCGACCAGUACGACGACUCGUACGACAACCACUACUCCGGCCACGACGCCGGCUGACGAAGGGCCGGUGCUAAUUUUUGCCACCAACGGCCAGCCUUGCUUGCUUGUCGACUUUAGCUCCAUCGCCAUUCGCAUGCCUAGUCCAGACGGUUCCACCCUAUCAGCAACCGUACACCACCACAAGGGCCAAUCCGACUUCGUAGUCGUGCCAAGCCAGAGCCUGUGUGGCAGUUCCACCCAGCCCUACAGUCAGAUUGCCUUCCGCUACCUUCCCUCGCCCGAUUCUGCGGAUGACGAGGCCACUGUUCGUGCCCUGGAUAUCACCUUGAGCUUCGUGGCUUCGGUCAAGAAGGAUGUUGUUACCACGUGGGAUACAGCGGGCUUCGAGUUUACCGCUCAGUUAGGUUCGGUCACCUUCUCGGGUUCACUCAAUGUCGCCAACGCCUCAGACAGCAAGGCUUGGCCGAGUGCUGCCGAGGGCUAUGGCUACGCUUGCGGCCAGGACGUGGCUUUUUCUUCGUCAUCCAGUAAUGAUGGGUUUGGUGUGACCUUUGAGGGUCUGAUGCUUCAGCCUUUCAACGUUGUGAACACCAGCAUUGUGCCCGCGGCUGGUCAAGAAUUUGAUGAGUGUGCUUCGGGCAGCAGGAAAAAGCGCAAGUCACACACGACCGUGAUUGUCGUCGUUGUCCUGUUGCUCGUGGUGGCCGUGGGUGCUGUUGUCGGGACCUAUAUCCAUCGUCGUCGGCGCGGUGCUUAUGAGAGCCUUGCGGGAUAAGCACCCUGGAACGAGCUGCAUGCUGUCGUGUGUUUAUUGGCCGUGUCUGUCGGUUCUUUUGCACGCAUGCCAGCAAUGCUGAAUUUUGGCUAAUUUUCGUGUAAUUUUUAAUCUUUUUUUUUUUUUGUGUGUGUGAUUGUUGUUGUUGCUGUUGUUGUAUGUUUUCGCUUAUGUUUACGGCAUCCCCGCACUUGGAAUUACGUUUAGGCUAAAAAAUGGGCAUGCAUUUGUAUCCGUGUCUUCUUUCCUGUGUGCAUCCGUCUCUUGUCAAUCGAUAUGGUUGUC